AUGGUCAAGUGGUGUGUGGAAUGCACCAUCACAGUCAAGUACCAGUUCACAGCCAAGCCAGUACCGAAGUCAAGAGCAAUCGCAAGGAGUGAACAAGUGAGAAGAGUCAAUGAAAGGUCGAUGACAAGAAUCGAAGAAGUUGAGGAAGAAGACGAUGAGGAGGUCGUAGACCUGAUCGAGAUGCUUCGAGAAUGGGGGAACAAGCCCCACGCAAGAAUGGUGAAGGUGAAAGAAGUUCAAGUGUUCGACAUAAGCCAGGGAGAUGAAGAGCUGAACGAGUUGGACGAGUACCAAAUGUGGUAUGAAGAAGAUCGACCAGAAGUCAAACAGGAAUCGGUUGAGAAUCCAAGUCCAAGUCCAAGUGCCCAAGAAGAAGAUCGACCAGAACCCCAGGAUGCAUACAGCGCUUUCCUGACAAAAGCUAGUGAAGAGGAGGAAUGGAACGUCGGUAUCAUAUGUCCCGAUAAGGAACUGAAAGAUGACAUAGAGAAUGGCAAGUACGAAGAAGGUUGGUUUUAUCUCACUGACGGACGGCCAGUGAGAAUCGACUGGGACGUGAACACGACGUACAGCCUUGGACGAGACGAAGGAAGGGUGUUCAAUUUCAGAACCACACUGAGAACGCGAUACGAAGAAGAACAAAUAGUCUGGGAAGAAAUGGAAUUUCAUGAGUGUGCCGAGGAGUGGAGAGACAAAGGCACAACGGUCAUAGUACCAGAGAUCGAGAAAGCAGUGGUCAUCACGAUCAUGGAAAGAUUUCCGAGAAGUGUUGAAGAUUACGGAGAGUACAGUAGUCCGUACAAGAGAAAGGAACCAGAAGAAAAGCGUGAUGUGGAAAUGGAACCACAAGAGCAGGACGACUUAUGGAAAGGAAGAUCAGAAAAGGAGUUGCAGCGAGAGAUUGAAAAAGGAAUCGAAGAAUUGGAACAAGCGCCAAGUUCUGGGUUCGCACCAGGACCGCAUAUGCAAGAAGAGAACGAUGAGAGUGAGCGAAAGAAGGUUGAAGAACAACUUCCGAAACUUGGAGAAGCAAUGGAAGAGAAAAUGAAGAUCGGAGGAAUCGAGCUUACACCAGCAAGUACGAUAAAGCAGUUGAGAAAUGCUUGCGAGUUCCUCAAGAUAGGAAAGACAGGACGGUCGAAGCAGCCGAAGAGGCUGCCGCCAUCAAGUGGAAUUGAAGUGGCGCCGAUCGAAGGAGCAGCGGCAAGGAAAAGAGAUGAAGCAAGUAUGACCUCGGGUGAAGCCGAGGAAGAAGAGCCGGAAGGCACGAGCAAAAGAGAGCUCGAAGGAGCAGCCGCAGAAGAACCUGAAGCCACAAGGAAGGAUUUGCCGAAGUACCAUGACGACGAAGAGGUAGAGUUGGAAGAGUUUGACGGAGAGUUUGUGGACCAAGAAGAAGUUGAAAGGAAUGUACAAGUGCGAAGAAUGAACGGCAAUGGCCGAAGCGGCAAUGGCCGACGAAUGAACGAUGAGCGAUUGGCGAAGAUCAUACAAGCUGUAACGAUGGCUGUGUUGAUAGGAAUGGGAGAAGCCAAGAAAGCCAAGGAAGAAGACCAAGGAAAAGAGGAAAAGAAGAAAGGAAGGAGAACGAUGGAAGAAGAGAAGACCCACGAACAAAUGAUGGAAGAAAAAGUGGAAGAGCUGAAGGAGAUGAAGACAGGAGCCGAGGAGCGCAGGAAGAAGUUACUGGAGAAUGCUCCAAAAGAAGAGGAACAGGCUGAAGAGCCAAAGGAAGAGGCCAAAGAAGAACUGAAGGAGGAGAAGAAAGAGAAGAAAGAAAAGAAGAAGGAGAAGGAUUCGUCGUGCAGUGAUUCUGCAAGCGAGUCAUCUUCAAGCGAGUCAAGUUCGAGCGACGAGAAAAAGGAGAAGAAAGAAGAAAAGGACCAGAAAGAAGACAAGGACCAGGAAAAAGUCAAGAACCAGGAAGAAGUCAAGAACCAGGAAGAAGUCAAGAACCAGGAAGAAGUCAAGGACCAGGAAGAAGUCAAGGACCAGGAAGAAGUCAAGGACCAGGAAGAAGUCAAGGACCAGGAAGAAGUCAAGGACCAGGAAGAAGCGCCUGAGAAGGAAGGAAAAAAGGAGGAAGAAGCCGAAAAAGCCGAUGACGAUGAAAGAUACGUCCUCCUGGCAAAGGAAGGCCUAUGGCCAACGAUCUUAAGCUCAAUGCAGCUGGACGAAAAGGGAGCAAAGAUGCUCGAAGAGACAGGGAUCGAUGGCGACGCCCUAAGGUCCGAAGCGACGCAGAGAAUGUUCCAAGAGUUCAAAGAGACAAUGGAGAGUCCAGUCGUGAAGAUUCCAACGGGAUAUGGAACAAGGGUGCAACAAUGGUUGGCAGCCCUGAAGGAGCAAGAAGAAGAUGAGAAGGACUCGGACGAGUUGAUGUACGAAGAUGUCGCCAAUGCAGAAAAGGAAGCGGAAGAUGCCGAACGGGCAUAUGGCGAAAAGUACCGCGAGGUUGAGAAGAUGAUGGAAGAGUGCAAAAGCCUUAAGUCCACGAUGCAGAAGAAGAAGGAAGCUGAAGGACAUUUGGCGGAGUACAAUGAGUUCAAGCACUCGAGAAGAAUGCUGAGCGUGGUAAGGAUGCUUGUAGAGACAAGUGAAGAAGUGAUGAAGUGUUUGGUGGAAGCAUCGCCAGACUACGGUCGGAUUUUCGAAGAAAGACCGAGAGUGUCCUUACUCGAGCGAAUGCGCAAAAGGAAAUUGGCCGAAGGAGCCAGCGAGGCAGAGUCAAUGGCUGCAGGCUCGGAAAGGCAAGUGAAGACAAAGGCAAUGCCAAAGCCGUUGAAGAUGCGCAAGGAGAUGGCAGAAGUUGUGCAAGUUGAUGAUGCCAUCGAAGAGAAGAAGGAUGAAGGUGAAGGAAAGGAGAAAAAGAGAGAAGAAGACCUGAGCAAGGUCAACCCAAGGUGGCUUUUGAAGUCAAGUGAAAGGAGCACCCGAAGCGAAAAGGAGACGGGAACGCGCCAGCCCGGAUGCUUUUUCUGUAAGGGAUCGCAUCGUGCGAUCAAGUGCCAAGAGAUGCUGGAUUUGGCAAAGGAGAUCACGGGAAAAGUCCCAAGUCUCGAUUGGCGAGAAAAGGAGAAGCGUGGUUUGUGGUGCAAGUGGUGCUGGUACACAACGAAGAACCCGUCUGAGCAUACGGGGUGGGGAAGCCACACCCACCAAAGGUGCUGGUACCAGAAGCAAGGCCAAGAAGUUGAGGCCAAAGUCAAAGCCGAGAAGGAAAAGGCAGGAGCAAAGGAAGUCAAUGAUGAAGUCCAGAAAAUGGUGGAUAUGAGCGAGAGACCUGCCGAGCCAAAAGGAUUGCCACCGAAUCCCCAAUGGGGGUUGGAGACGCUCAAGAAGAGAAAGGAGCCAGAAACGCCAGGACCAACCGUCGAAGAGGUCCAGACAAGCGAUGAAGAAGCGAAGAAGAAGCAAGCAAAGGAGAACAUCAAGAAGAUCAAGAGAGAAGAAAGGAGAAAGGAACGUGAAGAGAGAAAGAAGGCAAAGAAAGAAGAGAAGAAGGCAAAGAAGGAAGAAAGGAAAAAGGCCAAAGGAAGCGAGGCCAAGGAGCCGACAGCCGAGAUCGACAAAGAGGUAGAAAUCAGUUUCACAAACAAUUCGUUUCACCAAGCCAAUGGCGAAAAUGGAAGGAGCCAAAGAAGAAAGAAGAAGCUUUACCCGAAGGGGUAUGAGAAAAAGGUUGCUUCCGGAAGCAUCCCUUUUCUGAGCACAAGCACUCAGGCGGACAGGCCCAAAGAGAGCUGCAAGGAGUCGCGUCCUGCUGCUGUUGCGAAAGGGCAAGAGAAUCAGCCCCCGCUCCAGCGGGUGGCUGAGCCAAUCCCACAGUUUUCCAAGCCUCCCGCUGAGGCUUCCGCAUUUUCACCUCAGGCGAGUCAUCCUGGCGCGCAGAGGUCUGGACAGGUGCAAUGUACUGCGCCCCAGACCAUACAGGAGCGUUGGGUUUUGGAGAUUUUCGCGGGGUCAGCCGGGAUUACCUCGGCGGCUGCUUCAGCCGGCCUCAAGCGGUCGGUCGGAGUAGACAACGUCCGCAUGCCGAGGCGCAAGGGCAAAAUAAUACAGCUGGACUUGCUCCUGCUGUCGCACCAAGGUCUGCUGUGGAAAUGGCUGGGUUCCCCAGGACUGGCCGCCGUAUGGCUGGCGCCGCCCUGCGGCACAUCCAGCAGGGCCAGGGAAAUCCCGCUUCCGUGGGAGGACGAGCCGCAUCCUUUGCGGUCAGUGGAGUGCCCGGAAGGGCUUCCAGGCCUUGGCCAAAGUGAUGCAGAAAGGGUGGCAAAGGCUAACGAGCUUUACCGGCUCACGGCCCGAAUCUGGGACUUUUGCUGCGAAAAUGGCAUUGUGGUAAUCAUAGAGAACCCCUAUCGCAGUUUCUUCUGGCAUUGCAGCGCCAUUGAACACAUCCUGAGGAGUGAACAGGCGAUCGUGGUCCAGUGCGACUUUUGCAUGAUGGGAGGUUCGAGAUUAAAGCGGACGGCCUUGCUGUGCAACAACGAUCUCAUCACAGGCCUGGCUGUCACGUGUGAUGGAUCCCACAAGCACCUGCCCUGGGAAGUGCAAGAGGGAGUUCUCGCAACAAAGCUUGAGACCGCGUAUCCACACCAGUUUUGUAAGCGCUUUGUUUCCCUGCUGUUGCAGCAUCUGACACAGAAGGGUUGUCGGGAUGGUCUGCAUCUCUUGGAGGGAGAUCCCGCAAACUCCUCAGGAGCCAGGGUGGUAACGACACAGGCAAAGACCAAAAAACCUGCGUCUUUUCAGGUCAUCCCCGAAUUUUGCCGACGAAUCAGAUGGACAGUGCCCGGCCAACUCCGUAGCACUCUCCAGACUACACAGUGGUUGGGACCGGACAAGAUCCCGGGUUUCAAGGCGCCAGGGGCCAGGGCGUUGAGAGUGACGCCCCUACUGUCUUCUGCGACGGACGUGCUGGUGGAGGUCCCGUGGAACCCACAGGAAUUUGUGGCGAAAGCCCGACUGGCCGGCCACCCCCGACACCUGUGUCUCGGGGUGCCACCCGCCCUCAGGAAGGCAAUUUUGGCGUGCUCUAAACAGCCCGCAGCCAAGGUGAUUGAGACUCGAGCUGCGCAGUCACGAAGAUGGCUCCAGCGAGCCCAGGAGCUGCAGCUAGCCGAAAACGACUUCAAAGCCAAGCUGCCCGAGCACAUCCGCAGCAGCCUCCGUAACAAGAGAAUACUGCUCUUCAAAGAGAUGCUAGAAGCGUCCCACUACGCCGACAAGGCAGUGGCAGACGACCUGGCACAGGGUUUUGAUCUUGUGGGGCAUUUGGACCUUCCGGCAGGCUGGUCCACCGACUUUCGUCCAGCAUUCCUUUCCCUGAAGGACCUGUCCCAACUGACGCAGGAGACCAACCACCAGGUCAUCAGGGAAGUUGAGGACUCAUCUCAGUUUCUGGAAGAACUGUGGCAGAAAAGUCUCGAUGAAUUUCGAUAA